CCAGCACACACUGCAUGAUUCAUCGGCUUCCUCUCCACUCUGUCCGGUUCCACGAACAGGAAAUUUCGACCAGCCCCAGUGGGUCGCAUUGUUCUACGUGCGGCAUCUACGGUCCGAAUACCUAGACAUUUCCCUAUCUAGUAGUAGUCUAGGAAUCCUGGAUUCUCCUCUUUUUUUAGGAUUAGAUAAUAAUGGUACGGGGUCGCAGGAUCUUCCGUCCAUUGCUUUCGCCGUCACCCCCCAGUCUGUUACAUUGAACCCAACUCUGUUCGGCCUGUUGAUCCUAUUGAUCGCUUCACUGAUUCGGAACAAAAUGGUCGGCAUCGCAUUGCUUGGCGCCGGCAUCUUUGCCCGCAAAGAACACCUGCCCGCCAUCGAGGCCAGCCCGGCGCUGUUCGAGCUCAAGGCCGUCUACUCGCGGUCGCAGGCGUCGGCCGAGGCGCUGGCCGCGGCGUCGCGGAGCCCGGCGUCGGUGGCCGUCUACUUUGACGAGCCGGCCGCCGCCGGCAAGUCGCUCGACGACCUGCUCACGCGCGCUGACGUGGCCGCCGCCGUCGUGGCGCUGCCCAUCCUGAGCCAGCCCGCCGUCGUGCAAAAGGCCCUCGCCGCCGGCAAGCACGUGCUCUCUGAGAAGCCCGUCGCCGGCGACCUCGCCGCCGCCCGCGAGCUCGUCGCCUGGUACACCGCGCUGCCCUCCGCGCCCGCGCGCCCCAUCUUCGCCGUCGCCGAGAACUUUCGCUUCUGGCCCUCGCUGCUGUAUGCCGCCGACGAGCUGCGCAGAAUCGGCGGCCAUGUUGCGACUUUCUCUCUCAAGAUGCACCAGUUCGUCAAGCCCGACAACAACUACCUCAACACGCCCUGGCGCAAGACCCCUGAACACCAAGGCGGCUUCGUGCUGGACGGCGGCGUGCACUUCGUGGCGGCACUGCGGCUGCUGCUCGGGGCGACAGGCCACGAGGUGAAGCAGCUGGUGGGGUUCAGCGGCCUGCUGGAGGCGCGGCUGCCGCCCGUCGACACGGUGACGGCCGUGGCGCUGACGCGGGGCGGUAAGACGGGCACCAUCGCCAUCUCUUUCGGCACCGAGUUCAAGGCCGGGCUCGAGGUCGAGGUCGUCACCACGCAGGGCGCCGUCGUGUGGGAGCCCAAGAAGGUCCGCACCUUCACGCGCGCCGCGGGCGAAGGCGACGGCCCCGUCGAGGUCGCAAAGACGUUUGCCGCCGACUCGGGCGUCGCUGCCGAGGUUGCCGCGUUUGGCGAGGCCAUUGCGGCUGGUGCGGCAGACCCCAGGCAGACCCCCGAGGAGGCGCUCAAGGACCUCGAGAUCCUGCAGAGGCUGCUCGAGUCUGGUGCCGGCGGGGCCACGCUGCAGACGAUUCAGGGGUAGUUAAUGGUCCGUACGUGACUAUAUGUCUGCGCUGGUGGUUAAGCAUUUGAAUCACAACAUGCAAUUCUUAAACAAA